CCUCACUAAAUAUUUUAUUAAUUGUUUAAAAAAUGCUUACACUGAACACCCUCUGAAACGAAACGUCACGGUUGAAUGGAGAACUCUCCAAAGUGAAAUAUUUUUGUCGCAGUAUUUACUUGAGAAUUUUGUUUGGUUUCACAUAAAUUAAUUUUAUACUUUUAUAAACAUAUAAAAUAAUACAAACACUUAUAAUAUAAUUACCAUAUAAAUUGCAGAAAUCUCUAAUCAAUAUUUUUGGUGUUUUUACAAAACUUUAAUAAGGAAUAUUAAAAUGGCCCGUUAUUUCAAGGAACAGGAUAUUGAUGAAUUCCGUGAAUGUUUCUAUCUAUUUGCCCGAACGGGACAGAUAACAUCUCUCGAUGAGUUAACUGUAAUUAUGCGAUCUCUUGGUUUAUCUCCAACAAUCCAAGAACUAAUUGCAUAUUUAAAAAAGAAAGGAGGAAAAAUGAGCUUUGCUGACUUUUUAGAAAUUAUGCAUCAACAUUCCAAAGUCGAGAAAAUCCCUGAUGAAGUAAUCGCUGCAUUUAAAGCGACCGACCCGCAAAAUACAGGAACUAUAUCCGCAAGGCAACUACGAAACUUAUUGCAAAACUGGGGAGAGGGUUUGUCUAUCCGUGAGGUUGAUAACAUUUUCCGUGAAGCUAAUGUGAAUAACAACAGUAUGGUCAGAUACGCUGAUUUUAUUAAAAUAGCUUGCGCUCCAGUUCCAGACUACUAUUAAAGUACAUUUGCCUUUGGUUAAAAAUAACUGCUUACAAUAUAUGUAUACGCAUUCCUUAACUUCAAACAUCCUUCAAAUUUAAAACAAAUAAAGCUUAAUUUUAUAUACAAUAUAAAACCGUA